CCCCAGCGCCUGCAGCCGCCGGCCGCCCCCCGCCUGCCGCCCCCGCCCCCUCCUCGCCGGGGGAGCCGCCACCUGUGCCCCGCCGCCAUGAACCCCCCCGCCGCAGCCGGCGGGGAGGAGACGGGGGCGGCGGGCGGCGGCUGCCGGGGGGCCGAGGGCGGCGGGGAGGCGGCGGGCGCCGCCGGGGCGCCCGAGGAGCCGGCGCUGGCCGCCGCCGCCGAGGAGUCUCUGGAGGAGAAGCUGCGGAGCCUCACCUUCAGGAAGCAGGUGUCCUACAGGAAAGCAAUCUCCAGGUCAGGCCUCCAGCACUUGGCUCCUGUGCAUUCGCUCAACAUUGCAGUCUCCAAUGGACCCGUGAAGGAACCAAGGACAGCCUUAGAGUGGACUGAAAAUGCUGUGAAUGGAGAGCACUUGUGGCUGGAGACCAAUGUUUCUGGGGACCUCUGCUACCUGGGGGAGGAAAGCUGUCAAGUCAAAUUCUCAAAAUCAGCUCUGCGGAGGAAAUGUGCUGCCUGCAAGAUUGUGGUCCACAAUGCGUGCAUGGAGCAGUUAGAGAAGAUUAAUUUCCGCUGCAAACCGACUUUCCGAGAAGGGGGCUCCAGAUCUCCAAGAGAAAAUUUUGUCCGACAUCACUGGGUGCACAGGCGGAGGCAGGAGGGGAAAUGUAAGCAAUGUGGAAAGGGCUUUCAGCAGAAAUUUUCCUUCCAUAGUAAAGAGAUUGUGGCCAUCAGUUGUUCCUGGUGCAAGCAGGCAUUUCAUAACAAAGUCACCUGUUUCAUGCUACAUCACAUUGAGGAGCCAUGUUCCCUGGGGGCUCACGCUGCUGUCAUUGUGCCCCCCACCUGGAUCAUUAAGGUGAAGAAACCUCAGAACUCAUUAAAGACUUCAACCCGGCGGAAGAAGAGAACAUCUUUUAAAAGAAAAGCCAGCAAAAGAGGCAAUGAAGAUAACAAAGGUCGGCCAUUUGUGAUAAAGCCUAUUUCAUCUCCACUCAUGAAACCACUGCUGGUUUUUGUCAAUCCAAAAAGUGGAGGGAAUCAGGGCACCAAAGUUCUCCAAAUGUUUAUGUGGUAUUUGAAUCCACGCCAGGUCUUUGAUCUCUCUCAGGAAGGGCCAAGAGAUGCGCUGGAGCUGUACAGGAAAGUGCCAAACCUGCGGAUCCUGGCCUGCGGUGGGGAUGGGACGGUGGGCUGGAUCCUCUCCGUCCUAGAUGAGCUGCAACUUAACCCCCAACCUCCUGUGGCUGUCCUCCCUCUUGGCACUGGGAAUGACCUUGCCCGCACCCUCAACUGGGGUGGGGGUUACACAGAUGAGCCAGUGUCCAAGAUCCUGUGCCAUGUAGAAGAUGGGACCAUUGUCCAGCUGGACCGUUGGAAUCUCCAGGUUGAGCGCAACCCUGAUUUGCCACAGGAUGAGCUGGAGGAUGGGGCGCGUAAGCUUCCACUCAAUGUCUUCAAUAAUUACUUCAGUCUUGGAUUUGAUGCACAUGUUACACUGGAAUUCCAUGAAUCCAGAGAAGCAAAUCCAGAGAAAUUCAACAGCCGAUUUAGAAAUAAAAUGUUUUAUGCAGGGGCAGCCUUUUCAGACUUUCUGCAAAGAAGCUCAAGAGAUUUAUCCAAACAUGUUAAAGUUGUGUGUGAUGGCACAGACCUGACUCCAAAGAUCCAGGAGCUGAAGUUCCAGUGUAUAGUGUUUUUAAACAUACCCAGGUAUUGUGCUGGCACAAUGCCCUGGGGAAACCCUGGUGAUCACAGAGACUUUGAACCUCAGCGCCAUGAUGAUGGCUACAUUGAAGUCAUUGGGUUCACCAUGGCCUCACUGGCUGCUCUCCAGGUGGGUGGUCAUGGAGAAAGGUUGCAUCAGUGCCGCGAGGUGACCCUUUUAACAUACAAGUCUAUCCCCAUGCAAGUGGAUGGAGAGCCAUGUCGAUUAGCUCCCUCACUCAUUCGCAUCUCCUUAAGGAAUCAGGCCAAUAUGGUACAGAAGAGUAAGAGGAGAACAUCCAUGCCUUUGCUGAAUGAUCCUCAUUCCAUCCCAGAUCGCCUACGGAUCAGAGUGAACAGAAUUAAUUUACAAGAAUAUGAGGGGCUACAUUAUGACAAAGAAAAACUCCGGGAAGCUUCCAUUCCCUUAGGAAUUAUAGUUGUACGAGGAGAUUGUGACUUGGAGACCUGUCGUAUGUACAUUGACCGUCUACAAGAGGACCUACAGUCAGUAACUUCUACUACACAGAGAGUUCAUUACCAGGACCAAGAAAGCUCUUUUCCAAGAGUACUUUCUGUUCAGAGGCUCUCUCCUAGAUGGUGCUUCCUAGAUGCAACUUCUGCUGAUCGUUUUUACCGCAUUGACAGAUCUCAGGAACAUUUGCACUUUGUGACAGAAAUUUCGCAGGACGAGAUUUUUAUUCUGGACCCAGAGUUGGUAAUGUCACAGCAGGUGGGGACGCCACCAGGAAUGCCUGAUCUGGUAGUGGAGCAGGCCUCUGGAAUAUCAGAUCGGUGGAACCCUGCAGUUCGAAAGAGGAUGCUGAGUGAUAGCGGCCUUGGCAAGAUUUCCCCGCACUACGAGGUACCUGACAAACAAAAGGACGCCAGCCAGACACACAUGCUGCAGUCACCGGUCUCUUCAGAAGAUCAAGCACUUUUACAGGCAGUCAUAGCUGGUGAUCUGCUGAAAUUCAUAGAAUGCUGUAAAAAGGGAGCCAAUUUGUUAAUCCAAGGACCUGAUCACUGCUCCUUAUUGCACCAUGCUGCCAAGACCGGGCAUGGCGAGAUUGUGAAAUACAUCCUGGAGCAUGGUCCAUCUGAAUUACUGGACAUGACAGACAGUGAAACGGGUGAGACAGCAUUACAUAAGGCGGCCUGCCAGCGCCAUCGCGCCAUCUGCCAGCUCUUGGUGGAUGCGGGAGCAUCUCUGAGAAAGAUGGACUCCAAGGGUAAGACCCCUCGUGACAGGGCUCAGCAAGCUGGUGACCCAGAUCUGGCCUCCUACCUGGAGAGCCGACAGAACUACCAGAUGGUUUCCCAUGAGGACCUGGAGACGGCAGUCUGAAAAUGAGGAAGAGGACUCUUGGAAAUAAUAAGGCUGCACGUGAGGCACUCGGGCGUCGUGUGAGGAAGAAGCUGAUGGAAUCAAUGUGUCUCUCGCUCUCAUGGAAAAUAUCUGAGGACAUGCCACCAGUUUCUAAGGGCUACUGAGUCUUGCCAUGGAACAGUUAGGUUCCUUAUGUUAGCCCAUGAUGGAUGAGGCGGGACACUCAAAGGUCUGUGGAAUCCAUGGGCCACGGAAAUUUACUUUUAUUGCUUCCAGCAAGUAGCAUGAACUUCUCCCAUGUUCAUCUGUACAAUUUAUUAAAAAAAGGAAAGAGAGAAGAGGGUUUGGGGGAAACCAAACUAACUGGGACAUUAAAGCAUCCAACCAGGCCCUCCUCCAUCCCUACAGUAUCCUGCAUUCCUUUCACUCUCCCGUUCCCCUCACUUGUCAUCAAUUAAAUAUACCUGUUAUCUGUGUUAAGUCUUCACAAAUGGUCAGGCAGUAGCAAAAAAUUUGAGGAGCUCUGGAUGCCCGUAGGAAAAAAUGACAUUUGCACCUGCUGAGUUCUCUCCCUUACUGUUCCCUCGGAAGCUGGUUCCUCAGUGUUCAAUCACCAGGGAUUUUUCUCACUUUUGGAAAGUAUUCUCUCUAUUGCCUUGUCUUCUGGUGUGUGGAGCACAGAUUUACAGCAGUAACAAAAGCUAACCUCCUUAUUAUUGCUGGGUAUAUUGUUACGGUUUCCUCUCGAGGCAGUCAUUUGAAUGGAAAGGAGCUUUACGGGAUAAUCCAUGUUGUACGACAGAGCAGAAAGUUACCAGUAAGGUUUCUUACAUCUCUGUUGCACGACAGACUGGUUCCACUCAGGUGUCAGGUCUGUCUAAAAGUUUAUAGCUAUUUUUCACUUCCAGCAAGAUGGGUUUUAAGCUGAGGAGAGAUCAGUGCAAGACAGAGGAAGUUAUGACUGACUGACUUAUUAACCCAGUCCCCUUUGAGUUCCUGCCAGGCAUAGGCAGCAAAUCUAGAACAUAAGCUGACAGUAUAGACUUGCUGCCACGAACAAAAGAAUGAGCACCUGGUCAUAUUGUGAACAGAAAAACUCCUCUGGCUGGAUGUGCUAACUGUUCAAUUCCACAAGGAAAUUGGAACAAAAUUUUAAAGAGAGGCUGUCCCAUUGGAAAGGAACAAGUGGCAACUCUUUGUUUCAUUGCUCACCAUAAGCUUGGAAACUUAAAUUGCUUAACUGCUGUAAAGGCCAGCCGUGUCUUCUGUAUUUGUCUGUUCUCUGUCUUACCUCACAGAUUAUAACCACAGAAGAAAAAGCAAACACACAUACAGGCAUACACAAAAUGUUCCUCUUGAGGUUCUCCAUCAGUAAAGACAAUUCAGCUGCCAGAAAUAGCAGAGCUUCCACCUAGUCUGACCAGUCCUCAUGAAGACUCUCAAGGGCCACACCUGGCAUAAUUCUUGCAAUAGAUUUUUGAAUUUUGCUUUGUUGUUUGUUUUGAAAGAUACACUGGUGUUUUGUUUUCACAUUUAUUGCUAGGUGUAGGUCUCUGGUAGAUGGUGAUAUCAGGAUUACAUGCAGUUUGGAACCCAUGAAAAUAACUCAGGUUAUUAUUCAGAUAAGUUUUUCUUCCUUGGUAGUAGCUGUGGAAAUGAAUUGAAUGAGAUUCCUUCCUUUCCUGUGAUUUUUUUUUUUUUUUGACAGAGUGAUUGUUAUGGCAGAGAGGGAGGAGCUGAAAAAAUACAUUUUUUAAUUUUUUCUGUUUUCAAAAGUUCAUUUGAUAUGAGCAAAAUAUUUCUUCAGUAUUUCUUCCUCUGGAAGGAAACUAUAUAUAUUUGUAAUCUAUAGAUCAGUGGUGACAUUAAAUGUAUUUUGUCUUAUUUGCUAUCUUUAUUUUACCUUUCUUGUUUUAAAAAAUAAAAUAUGGAAGCCAAAAUCCUUCCCUUGAUAAUCAUCCAGGGGCUUGUGAUGAAGGGCAGUUUGUGUAUACUUUAGAACAGAAUUUGGCGACUAUUAAAAUAAAAAAUCAGAGUACAAUUUUGGUGUAUGUGAAAUUUCCAUAGGGAAGAUCCUCAUGCUGUGGUUUCAUGGUACGCCUUACAUCAUUUUCCAGCUGUGAGGAAAGGUGCACUGGAAUCUCUCUAUAUAUUUUACUAAAAAGAAUUACAUUAGCAUCAGUUGUAUCUUUUUGGUUUGUGUUACUGAUGUGAGUAAUGGAGAAAGCUUUAAUGAUACCAUGGGCUGGAUUUGCUCCUGUGCUGAGGCCAAAUUGGUUGAGUUGAGUUGAGGAUGGUUGCUUAACUGCUGUAAAGGCCAGCCGUGUCCUCUGAGUUGAGGAUGGCCAGUGAGCCCCUUGUAGCUCCCUGAUCCUCAAGUCCCCAAAAGUAGGUAGAACGAUCAAAGGUUUGCUCUAAUUGCAGAUAAUUUCCAGAGGGCCACAGGUAAAUAAUUACAACAGAGUUGGGUCUGGUCCCCCUCUGUCCCAGUUCUCCUCUCCUCAGUGAUCUGUUCCUCCUGCCCAUGGGGUGGCCGGUGUGGGGCUGGCUCUGGUGGCUCUUGGUCAGCACAGAGAGCCCCUGUGCUGGGGAGCAGCUUGGCAGGAAUGGGUAGAGCCGUGCUCCUAGAGCCACCCGGCCUCCUCAGCGGAGCUGGGUCAUGCACGAGAAUCUGGCCUGCCUUUUCCCCUGCAGCUGGAAUAUGAUGCUAUGAUUAGAGGGAGACUGUUGUGCUUCUGGAAAGUUUCCUGCUUUGUGUACUCAGUGGGAGGCAUUACUGUAUAAUGAAAAGAAAAUCCUGCACUGGAGAUAGGACAGGACCUGGCUGCAUGAAGUGCCUUUUAAUAUUUAAGGUGUUCCAAAGCACUUCACAAGUGAUGCCUUUAGAUACCGGCAGUGUAUUUGUGUAGGUAACAGAGCAUAUAUUGUUUUCUGCAAUGGCUCACAUACAGCUUGGGACAUCAGAACUUGGUUCGUUGAGGGAAGGAGUUUGGGGGCCACCACAGGAUUUUCUUACUCCUUUCAAAGUACCAUGGGAUUCUUGAUUCUGGACAGCCAGCAGAAGCAGGCAGACUCAGCAUCAGUUACAGGUAACAUGAACGUAUUGAAUCUCUGAGCACUUGAGCUCUAGCUUAGUACAGUAUCGUUGUGUGUGCACUGUGCUGUGCCCAAAUUCCAGUGUGCAGCGGGGAACCCACUUAAAUUACAUGUUAAACAUUUUGAUUUACUAGAACUAUCCGUGCUGUGGCUGUGUCUAUUUAUGUGUGUGUGCUGUUAUAUAUAUAUUUAUAAAUAUACAGAUGUGUAUAUAUAUAUAUCAACUCACACAUAUGCACACACACACAGAGAACUGUUGAAUUUGAAUGACAAAGUACCUAGGGAUGCUCAGCUACUGAGGUUGCUGGACUGACAAAGUAUCGUGUUCCAUCUUAAUUUGUUGUUAAAGGGAUCUUUUUCAGUAGAACUGAGGAGCUCCUGAAUUGUUCCAUUGUACUGCUUUGACUAUCUCAUUUUAAAGUUAAAUGGAGAGAAAGAAAAUAUUUAUAAUGUUGAUAAAAUAAAUAUACUUUUGUUAUUUAAUAGUAUCAGUUACACGUAUUAUUUCAUAUUUCAAUGUUAGAGAUAUCUUUAUGUGUUAUCCAAUACAUGACAAGGUCAUACAUUUCUCAAUAACUAUAGCAUCCCUGAGGCAGUGUUGUGAGGCGUGAGGCUGAGUGACUCAUAUAAGGCAGGAGUUCAAGGCAAAUUUUGCACUGGCUUACGAAAUGGGCCUUGGACUCCAGUGGCACUUUCACCAUUUCAUGUGAUGGCUUGUCUGUGUUGUUGUGCAUUAAGAUGUCUCUGUGUAGAUGUUUUUACUGACACUUGUCACCGUUGCUUUUCCCCGGCAGCGAUGGAGUUGCUCAGUAUCAACUCAUGGUGCCGUAGGCUGGACUCUGACUACAUGAGAUGUCCUCUGAUACACACAGACUGUCUUGUGGAAGCACCACAGGCAUAAAGAAAAUAGAACAAAAUUGAUGUUUUGUUGCCAUUGAUCUUCCCAGUUGUAUGUGCAGAGCUGGCGCUGUUGUGGAUGGACGCAUGGUUUUCCUGGUGGUGCGGCAGUGGGAGCGUUUGAAUAGUGUUUAAUGGCCUCUUUUGCUCAUUUUUGUCUUUGUCUUUGCUGUGAUAGUGAUGUGCUUGGUAAUGAAAGACACUAAUGCACAGUCUCACCUAGAAGGCAGCUGCUAUUUUCCUUCCAGCCAUCCCAGAUACCUGCUAUGGGGUGUGCUUACGUGUUGAUGCUUCCAGUGUAUCAAAAGCAUGUUGAGAAGAUUCCUUGGUCCCUGGCAAAAGCUAUGAAAUGGGCAAUGUGCAGCGGUAGUCUUAAGCUCACUGGGAGUCCAAUGGUACUCAAGCAAUCUAUGGACAUGCCAGAAAUUUGGAUGCCUUGAAAACACUCCAAGGACAAUUCUGUCAUUGUACUUCAUUUACGCCAGUAAGGAAACAGUUCCUCGUGCUGACCCAUUCGCGGUCUGUCGUUUUUCCUUCCCCCAUUUUUUGCCUCUCUUAUGUCAGAAUAACAUACAUGGACGGGUACUUUAUAAGAAUGGUGUCUAAGGUUGUGUGUAAGAGCUCUUCUACCACAUAGAAAAUAACAUUUCUUUCUCCAUUAUAUCUGUUCUUUUCCAUUCAUCAGACAUCAUGCUUCCCUCCCUCCAUUUUCCCCUCUGAACCUGAGACAAAAUGACAUUGGUUAUUUGCUUCCUAGUUAGUCCAAAGCAUCAAAUGUGAGUAUCUGCAGUUAUUUCAGCAGUCCUGUAAACAGUUUAUGAUAAACCUGUGCCUUUUUCUGGACGCCCCUGAAGUUACAAGACAAGACAAUAUUACAAGGUUCACUGUGGUACACAUCUUUUCAUUUUGAUUUCUUAGCAACAAAGUAGGCAACUAUUUUUCCUAAUAGUCUAUAGUUACAGUUUUAAAAUCCCAGAAGCUGCCUGCCACACUCUGCUGAUUGCAGCAGAGACUCAGUAAUGUGCCAAAACUGACUUGUCAGCAUAUUGGUGAAGACGAGAAUUUUACAUGGGAGGAAGUGGCUUGAGCUUCAGCGCUUUAACUCUCCUUGGGAGUGCAGGAUGCAGUGUGUGGCUGGACUGUGGAAAUGCCUCGGAGCUAUAACCGAGCCCUGUGCCCAACUGUUGGGGUGAACAGAAGGCUCAGGAUGUCCCAGCCUUUGCUGAGGAGACAGCAGUGCAGACACGCAUGGUUAUAUCAGGUACCUGCAGCAGCUGAAUGCCGGCAGCUCAGCACUCAGCUUAGGCUGCAAAACCUGCCCGGAAGUAGGCUAAGCACCUGGGUAGUUUCUCACGUUUAAUUCUGUUUGAUGCUGGCUUGAGAGUGAUGAAUUACCCAGUAGUCAAGUCAGUGACUGCGGUUACGUGUACUCAAGUUGUGCUGUGGCAUCAUGCUUCUUCAGACUGCCUCACCAGAGAUUUUCUGUAGGUGUCGGAGCUCAGGAGACUCCCUUUCUCUCUCCAGCAUGUUUCCAGCACCACUGCUCGUAAGGGUGUCCACAGAGAGCAGUGCUCUCCUGUCCCCUGUACACAUGCACUGGAGGCAGGCUUACCUCCCCUCGCCCUUGGCCAAGGGAUUUCCUGGCCUCUGCAUGGUGCCGCUGCUGUAAAAGGGGAAAAUUCCCUCCCUCAGGCCUUGAUCAUGCCAGUAAAUUCAUUACCUUUGACUUCAGUGAUUAGGCAGGCUUAGUGCUGAAUAACCUUACUGUAUUCAGCCAUCAGAGUGAAUCUUAUCUCCUACCUUAUUUAUUAGGUGCCACAUUCCAGCCCAGGCUGCAGGUUCUUGUUUCUCAGACUGCUUUAAAAAAAAAAGAUGCCGACGACAAUCUAUCCUAUGCAGUACACUUGUAUCCAGUUACCAACAGAGUGGGAAAGAAAGGGAGCUGGAAUUGAAAAGUCCUCAUUCUGAUGCAGCACAUGACAUUUCCUAAAGUCUAUAUGGGAGGAUGCCUUGCAACAAAAGCACAUCUAUAAUUAAGGAAAUAAUUUCACGCUUAGUCUUUUAAAAUCUGUCAGCUUAUGCUACUGAGUCUCCUCCAUGGAAGAAAUUUUGGGAACCUGAGAAGGUAGUGGUUCUCUUAAGACACCCAUAUGGGAAAAGGUAAAUACCUGAGAGAGUAGAAGCAUAAAAAGGCAUAUUUUCCUCAGCAAUUGAUGUCUAUCAUUCUGUCCUCAUCUAGAGACAGAAUCCUGAUUUGGGAAAGCUAUUUCAGAGUUCCCCAAUACAUUAACAGAUCCAGCUUUCAAAGACAAAGUACAAGGAAGCUGCAACAUUUUGAAAUGAAAGAAAUAAGCACUAUUUCUUUUAGCAAUAUAGUACGACAUAUGUAAUUGCUUCAUCUACAGCCAGCCUCUUUUUGCUGACAAAGUGUAACACCUGGCUCUUCAAUUAGUCCCUGUCUAGGAGGCUGCUUGAUGAGUAAGUGAAGCACGCACGGUGGCAAUCCAGUGCUCUGCUAUGACAAGCACCGCAGCAAUUAUUUAACUAUUAAUGCACGAACCAUGGUAGCAAUUUGUUUUGUACCCUUACACUUUAUUUUAAUGAAGAAAAUGGCCUUCUGGUUCCAACUGCCUUAAUGACCUUUGGUUAUUGCUUUUCUCCUCAGUCUGUGGCCAAACAGAGGGAGAAAGCAAUCCCUGUUGCUACAGACAGGCAAGAAUCCAGGCCCCAUCUAGGAACUGUAGGAACAUGUUAAGUUCGUAGAUAUGGAGAACAAGAAGCUCUUGAGCUGGAUGCAACAGACAUGAGCAAAUUCUGCCUGGCUAUUUAGGCUCUAAUGGACAGUCGUAUUUUUCUAUGUUUUUUUUUUCCCCCUGUAGCACAUUGACACAAAAAAAUUGAAGGAGAAGGCAAGACUAGAAAAGUAAAGCUGUGUUUGCCCCUAGGAAUGGGGGACCUGCAGAGUGGAUUCCGUAGUAUUGUUAUUGCUGGGCAGGGAGUUGCAAUGCUAGCUAUUGAAUAUCACUGUAGUGAGUAAUUUUGUACCACAAUUAAAUGUGCCCACUUUUAAUAAAGUGAGACUGGUGCAUGUCUUCUCCAAGCUCACUGUUCCUAUUCUUUAUGCCAUCACUCUGUGUGGGGCUCCUGGGAGGUGCCCUAGGGAUCCC